AUGCAAGAGCACCCUAACUACAAAUACCGACCCAGACGCAGAAAACAGCCUAAAAGACUGUCAGGAGGACCUUCCUCGCCUCCGACAAUUGCGAAUUCCGCAGGAUCUAGGUCGACGCCGAGUGGAAAUUCAGCAUCUGCAUCAGCGGCUCGUCAUUCGACGAAGAUGGAUAAUUAUCAAGGAAUGUCGCAGCUACCGUGGGGUGGCCACUCGCCGAUUUCUUCGAUGUAUCACCAGCAACAGAGCAUGCAGGAUUAUAAGUCUGAAAAUAAUUCUCUGUAUGGCAGUCCUUAUACGCCGAUCGUCCAUACACCUGACAUAUCACCUGUUGCGAGUCCUGAAUCUGAAGGAGAAGGAACACACCUUCAAUCCUCUCAGAACACCGAGGCUGAGAGAGAAUUAAUGGACAGCACAGCUAAACAGCAUAACGAUUUACUAGAACAAAGUAAACGUUACUCGUAUAUGAAUACUGACAAUCAAUUGCACGCUGGACACGCCGGCGGCACAAGCAUAUCUUCCUGUCAGAAUACCGGUGGUUAUACGGAUACUUUGACCUAUAAGAAAUCGAUCGGGUACUUGAAUUUCGAGAGGCAAACAACGAGUAUCGCUGCGGUGGGGAUCGCUAAUGGCAUGAUGGUCUCCUGUAAUAAAUUACGGUCUGGUUUCGACAACGUCGGAUCAGUCACGGGGACCUUCUACCCUCCCGUGGCUUCGCCUCAUGAUCAGACGAUUCACUUCAACAAUCCUCAGCCUUCCAAAUCUACUAAUUACUCGAUGCAGUCCAAUGUCGAGAGUAAUUACAACCAGGUUCAAUGCUCCAAUCGUCAGCAGAAUGUUAAUAUGAGGAACUCCAAUGAACAAUGUCCGAUAUCCCACCGAUACCAAAUGCCCCACCACCAAGACUACCCCGAAACAGGGCAGAACCAGCACAUGCUAGGUCACCUCGAGCCGAUGGCGGAGGAGGAUCAGCAGGAGCUGCAGUUCGACAAGUACUACAAGUACCCCUCGCAUCCCUCAAUCGCCCACUCGAGCAUGAUGUCUCAGAACCUUCUGGACAGCAACCACAACUACGCGAGCGACUUGCGCUACUACUCCCUGCACCCUAGCCAACUGGACAAUUCUAGAAGAGUUUCUACUGCAUGGUACUGCACUAAACUCCGUAGUAAUAUAAAAAGUAAUGUUAUGUAUGUACUCGAGGUUGUAUUACUGUUGUUACGCAGUAGAGUUUAUCUCUAG